UGAUCACUUUAAACGUGACGUGAGUUUUACGCACACGCGGCCACCACGUCAAGUGAUCAUCACGCCUAGUGCCACUGUCGACGGUUGUUGAAGGAUAUUCCCGGUGUUGACCUGGAAUUGGAGCUUAGAUGCGCAGUCUGUAUGUAGAAUUGAAUUCGUGUAAGUGGCAUCCGAGAGAAAGGUUCGAAGAGCAGAGCAGCGGGGGGACGUGUGAAAGAGGGUCAGAGAACCGCAAACGGGGAGAGAGAGAGAGACCACUCUUUUCUGAUAUGCCCAGCAGCCCGCCUGUGUUAUGGAACAACAUGUAAACCUGUCUGAGGUUCGACCCCCACCGACGCCGUACCGCCUAGAGCGGCCUGUGUAUGAUGAGGCCUACCUCCACAGCCAGCUCCUGCACCCGAAAGACAGAAGCCCCAAGACCGUCAGGCAGAGACUGGCCAAGCAGCUUCACUGCUCAUCGGAAAGGGCCAAAGCCAUUGCUCUGAGCUUCCUGCCCAUACUAACAUGGUUGCCAUCCUAUCCUGUCAAAGAGUAUCUGUUUGGCGACCUGGUCUCUGGCCUCAGCACAGGGGUCAUGCAGCUUCCUCAAGGUCUUGCCUAUGCCAUGCUGGCUGCGGUGCCUCCUGUCUAUGGCCUGUACUCCUCCUUCUACCCCGUCCUGCUCUACACCUUCUUUGGGACCUCCCGACACAUAUCCAUAGGCACAUUUGCUGUGAUCAGCUUGAUGAUCGGAGGAGUGGCGGUGCGGGAGGCCCCUGACAGUAGGUUCACCAUCCAGGCCCCAAACGCCACCAAUGGCACCUACGGCGACUUUAUCGACACGGAGGCCCGGGAUGCCAGGAGGGUUGAGAUAGCUGUGGUCCUCACCACCAUGGUGGGCCUCAUUCAGCUGGUCCUGGGUUUGCUGCGGUUUGGUUUUGUGGCCAUCUACCUCACAGAGCCCCUGGUGCGAGGCUUCACCACCGCCGCUGCCAUCCACGUCUUCAUCUCUCAGUUUAAGUACCUGCUGGGCAUCAAGACGGACCGCUUCAGCGGGCCCUUGUCUGUUCUAUACAGCCUGGCGGCGGUGUUGACUAACAUCGCCACCACCAACCUGACCACCAUGUUCCUGGGCGUGGUCUGCGUUGUGUUCCUCUACGGCGUGAAGUACCUCAACGAACGCUUCAAGAAGAAGCUUCCGGUUCCUGUCCCCGGGGAGAUCAUCGUGGUCAUCGUCUGUACGGGGAUUUCCCAUGGCCUUAGUCUUUCAGACAACUACCAGGUGGAUGUGGUCGGGACAAUUCCGACUGGGCUGCUUCCACCUUCUCUCCCAGACUUCUCUUUGGUGCCCAACUUAGUGGCAGAUUCCGUCGCUAUAGCGAUUGUGGGCUUUUCUAUGGGCAUAUCUCUAGCCAAGAUCUUUGCUCUGAAACACGGCUACAGCGUGGAUGGAAACCAGGAGCUGAUAGCCAUGGGCCUGUGUAACUUUGUCAGCUCCUUCUUCCAAACCUUCGCCAUCACGUGCUCCAUGUCCCGCAGUCUGGUGCAGGAGAGCACCGGGGGUAGGACACAGAUUGCGGGUCUGUUGGCCUCCUUUGUGGUGUUAGUAGUGGUGGUGGCCAUUGGUUUUGUCUUUCAGCCUCUGCCACAGACAGUGCUAGCUGCCAUCAUCAUGGUCAACCUCCUGGGGAUGUUCAAACAGUUCAGAGACAUCCCUGGUCUCUGGAGAACCAGCAGGAUCGAGCUGACCAUCUGGGUGGUAGCCUUUGUGGCCUCAGUGCUGUUGGGUCUUGAUCUUGGUCUUCUGGUGGCUUUAGGAUUUGCCAUACUGACCGUUGUCUACAGAACACAAAGCCCAAAGACGGUCAUCCUCGGACAAGUUCUUCACACAGGCUUGUAUUACGAUGUGGAUGAAUACGAAGAGGCAGUGGAAUGCAAGGGGAUUAAGAUUUUUCACUCCAACUCUUCAAUCUACUUCGCAAACAGCGACCUUUAUGUGAACGCCCUCAAAGAGAAGACGGGGGUGGAUCCCCUACAUCUCCAGGCUGUACAGAAAGCCCGAAAAAGGAAACUGAAGGAGAGCGCAGGGAAGGAGCGCAGAAACCAGAAGUCCUCAGAGAAAAUGAGUGCCAUCGUCAAACUGGAUGGGGAUCUGGGCGUGACUUGCGAGGUGGUGUCAGGAGAUGAUUCCCAGAACCACAUGGAUGUGCAGCAGAACGGGCUGGUGGCUGAGGCGCGCCCCGAGUCUGACUCUGAGGAGGCCCAGUUCCUGGAGCCCCUUGGUCCUGUCCACACCCUCAUUCUGGACUGGACCCCUGUCAACUUCAUUGACACCGUGGGAGCCAAAGCCAUCAAAUUAAUGAUCAAAGAGUACGCAGCAGUUGAUGUUUGUACUUUCAUUGCCGGAUGCAGCAGAACUCUGCUGGAUGAACUCCGCACCCUGCAGUUUUUUACCGGGGUGGUGACCCCAGAAAUGAUCUUCCCCACGGUCCACGAUGCCGUCCUACACUGCCAGCGCCGGCCUGUCCUACCCACCAACUCGGCUAUCCAAUGACCUCAACCAACAGACCAGAUCAAAGAGCGGACAUGGGGCCACAUGCAUGUCCUGCUGUCCCAUGGGAGGCAGGGCCAAAGCAAGCCCGGUUUGAGGAGCAGGAGCAGUUCUAAAAUCAGCCAGGUCUUCAGAGAUCCAAUGGAGAUGGGAGUGCUCCUGUCCAUGUGCAGUUUAUUUUUUUAAACUGAGAAAUGUAUAUUUAAUAAUUAUUAAAUUUAGAUUUUUAUUGUUAACCUUUCUUUGGGCUUUAAGGUGUUUUUAGCACCUUUUUUUUUUUCACGUGCACUUCACAGCAUUGAGUAUAAGUGAAUUACUGUAGACAAGUCUGCAUCAGGUUAACUAGUGUAUUGAGUCUGUCUAGGGCA